ACGAGAGACGCUGUUCCGUCACAUCAUCAUCAUCACCACCAUCACCAUCAGCAGCAGUAGCAGCAGGCAGUGGCCACGGCGGUGUCACUAACAUCAUUCGUGUUAUUUAUAUCAUCAUCAGCAAGUUGUUGCCACGGUGGGGUUACUGAAGUCAUCAUCAUUAGCAGCAGCAAGUAGUGGCCACCGUGCUGUUACUGAAUUCAUCAUCAUCAUCAGCAGCAAGUAGUGGCCACCGUGCUGUUACUGAAUUCAUCAUCAUCAGCAGCAGCAAGUAGUGGCCACCGUGCUGUUACUGAAUUCAUCAUCAUCAUCAGCAGCAAGUAGUGGCCACCGUGCUGUUACUGAAUUCAUCAUCAUCAGCAGCAGCAGCAGCAAGUAGUGGGCACCGUGCUGUUACUGAAAUCACGAGCACUAUCAUCUUCAUCAUCAUUAUCAAAUACAAUUUCGCUCUUGGGACUCAUCUCACCAUUCACUCCGCUGAGUGUCGCGCUCCCUUUCUGUCACUCGCACACGGCACGAUCGGACGAUGUCCAACACGUACAGGACUUCUGAGCGCUCAGAGGCGUCGCAAGCAGCAGCAGCAGCAGCAGGAGGAGGAGGAAGGGCAGGUGCCGGUUCGCGGCGCAUUGACGCGAACAGCAAUCACGAUCUGCUGCUUUCGUCGGGAUACAGGUCACCUGGCCAGUCGCGUCCUGCAUCUCCUGGACUCAGGCGCAGCGUGUCAGAGAUGCAGGAGCAGCUCAAGAUGUACAAGAGGCAGAUGGAGAAGAAGGACGAGAUGAUCGCCACCCUCUCAGCCGGCAGGAGCAGUUCCUCAGGCGCGAAGGUGACGUUCGAGCCGCUGCUAGAGGCCGCCGCGGCACCGUCGCGCGAGCUGCUGUCGGGCAGCCACUACCGUACGGCGGCGGAGACGGCACGCGGUGAGCUCGCCGCCAUGCAGGUCAAGCAGGAGGGGCUCGAGGCGGAGCUGCGGGAGCUGCGCGGGCGCCUGGCGGCCAAGGAGUCGGCGACGCAGGAGCUGCGCGCCGAGCUGGAGUCCCACCGUGAGAACGGCGCCCGGCACGCGUCGCUCAUCCAGUCGCUGCGUGAGCGGCUGCGCGACACGGAGGAGGCGUCGGGCGCCCUGAGCUCGGCCCGCGCACGCUACGACGCCGGCAUGCAGGCCGCGCAGGAGGACGCCCGCGACAUGCAGGCCCGCAUCGCCGAGUUGGAGGAGCGGCUCAGGUUGCACCUGGCCGAGAGGGAGCAGGCGGAGCAGAGGGCCGUGACGAUGGACAAGCGGCUGGAAGACGCCGUGGACAAGCUGUCGAGGGGGCUCAAUGUGGACACGCGUGCGGAGGACUACCCCGUCGACCUGCUGGCCUCCCGGGCCGCCGAACUCUUCCAGGAGUGCGUGCUCCAGCGGGCCAAGAUCGCGAGCCUCGAGGGCGCCUUGGCCUCGCAGGAGGUGGAGGCGAAGGCCAGUCGCGAGACCAUCAUGCGCCUCGUGUCAGAGGUCGGCCGCGAGCAGAAGGUCGCCAGCUCGCAGGGCCAGGAAGCCGAAGCCCUCCGGAAGGAGCGCGAGUCGGCGUCGCAGGCGCGGCGCUCCCUCGAGCGGGAGGUGGAGGUCCUCCGCGAGCGGCUGGAGGCCGGGCAGCGCGCGUGGGACGCGGCUCGCCGUGAGCUUGCGCAGUGGGAGCGCCGGCGCGCCGAGCUGGACGGCGGCCAGCGCGCCAGCGAGCACGAGGCGCGCGCCGCCCACGCGGCGCUGCGCGCGUUCCGCUCGCAGCUCGCCGCGAUCCUCGCCGGGGGCGACGGCGACGACGGCGGCGGCCGCGGCGACCGCCGCCCGGCCGCCGGCGCCGGCGUCGGCGACGGGGAGGAGGACGUCAAGGAGCGGGUGCGGCAGCUGGUGGCCGCCCGGCAGCAGGGCAAGGCGCUGACGGCGGAGCUGGAGGAGCGAGUGUCGCGCCUCACCGCCCAGCUGCACCGCGAGGCCGAGCAGAGCCGCGACGGGGCCCGGCGGGUGCGGCGGGCCGAGGAGCGUGCCCAGGAGAUGGCCGAGCGGCUGCGCGCCGUCGAGGGGGAGCUCGCCACGGGCGACGUGCUCCGCGACGGCCUCUCCUUCGACCGCCAGAAGGUAGGCCUCGGCGGUCGGGGGGCGCCCUGCUCGGGGCUUGCCACCUGUCCCUCGUUUUCCCGCGGGUCCGUCGGCCGCCGCCCGGCGAGGCGGCCGCGCUGAGUAGGUGGUCGAUCGUCAGAGGUGGAAUUUAGGCCACAUUAAGUGCGGAAGACAAUUGAGCGUGAUGGCGGGGGGUUUUUUGUGUGUGUGUGUGUCGCAGUCAUUGGUGACUGGGCCGAGACCAUUGACUCUACUGCGCCUGAGAACUCGAUGUAAUCAAAGCCAGGAUCACUGCAAUGCUCUGGCCUUGGUCUAGGGCAGGGGCGGGGAACGUCCGGUCCGCGGGCUAUAUAAGGCCCACGAAAUCAUUUGGUGUCUGGCCCUGCCAAGGCAACCGCAGGCGGGACUCGAAAUUCAAUAAA